CAUUAAAAACCCGGUUCGCCAUUGUUGCGUGUCGACGGUUCUUGUGGCCGUGCCUUGAAAGUUUACUAAAAUUUCAUUUCUCCCGUUCGUGUACGUUGGAAGUUCAGUGUUUUUGUGCAGAACGUUUAUUAGUGCAAAAGAAAACGCCGAAACGUCGUUCAACCUCAGGUCUUGAAUUCUUGCAGUGACCAAUAUGAGUUGAACCCAAGUUAUGCAACCAGAUUAGUUUGGUUCAGUAUGUAAACUUGGGAACAUCCGGUGAAUUAAAACGUGAAGAAUGUCAGGAGGAGGUCAUCCUCCCCAUCAUCCGCACAACAGACAUGUGCCCCCAGCAAAUUCAGCUUGGAACCAUCUAUCGGUUCCAGGCUUUUUUCCUCGCCAACCACAGGUAGCCCACAUGCAGGCCGAGCAUUCGUUGCUUCAUCAACCCUCAUGGCACACCCCCACUACUAAUGAAGCCAUCAAAAUGAUGCCUCAUGCCCAAAUGCUGAAUGAGAUGUUCAAAAAUGAAACUCUGUUUCCUAGGGAUUGUGUGGAUCUUAGCCUAACAAGAAAUGGACAAAACCAAAAUGGAGAAAUGCUCUCAACUCCGUCGGCCCUAAGCCUGAGCGUCCGCGACGCCUCCAAAAUUAACAGUCUCGCUUCGGGAAUGCUGGACAUUCAAGCGAUGGAGCUCACGAAGUGCGCCAAUCCUAAUCUGAAGUCGACUAUUAGUCCGGGAUCGAUUAGAACUAGUACCAUAAGUCCAGGACUAAAGUCGGCCAGUCCGGGUUUGAUGGCAGCCACAGGGCCUGGAAUGAAGUCACUUAGUCCAGGUCGAAAAUCGUUAAGUCCGGCUCCGAAAUCCGCUAGUCCAGGACUUAAUUUGGCCAGUGGAGUGCUCCCCGGAAUUUUUCCAGGUGUUUCGGCGACUUUAUCAAAUGCAGAAACAGGAAAAAACCAAAAAAGGUCCAACAUUAGAGUAGAUUCGAUAUUGGAGAGAUUGAAUCCACCACCUGAAAAGACAUUCCCGUACUCCCAAGAACAAAAACAUGACUAUCCGGUAUCCUUACCCUCCACUAUCGCAGCGGCGAGUGAGAAGGCUCAGCAAGAAAAACUCCAUUCUCAAACUCAAAGCGUUAUCGUUUCGACGGCGACGAAUUAUGACGAAAACAGUAAUUCCAGCAGCACAAAUGUCCCUACCCCGAAGGAAGAAGAUUCUGGUUCAAUGCAUAGCAACGAAGACAGCUUGGAUAGUACAAAAUCAAGGAGGAAAAGAAAACCUAGUAAAACAGUGAGAGUUAAUAAGGAAGAUGACUUAAAAUCUGAUAAGGAACAGUCUUCAACCACUCCACCUCUACAAGACCCGACAGCCUCCAAUCACAGCCAAGAACCAACCGACCUCACACCGCAACCGCGUCCCAUCGUCAGCAACCACUUGCCAAAGUCGGACGUGGCCAAUCACUCGUCGGAUCCCGCGAGUAUAGCGACCAUCUUGGAAGGCGGCGAGGCAAAAUCCGCGGACGAGGUGCAGCUCGACGAUACGCCGUCGCCCGACGAGCUGGACGCCAUUUUGCCGGCAAAAACCCGAAGAAAAACUUCGAGCGAGUCCGAAACCAUCGAUGAUAUUGCGGCGAUGGUACAGGAGGGUUUGAAGGAAAAGCAGGAGAAGGCAGGAGGAGGGGGCUCGAGAGCCGGCGAGGAGAGUGGGUCGGGUGUCUCGGAAAUCGUUGGAGAGAAAUGUCCGGAUACACCUAAGCUAAUGCUUGUCGAAAAUCAGGAAGAGAUUCUACCUCUUUUAAAACCUGAGAAAGUCUCUACCAGCAAUGAAAUAUGCGAAUCUGACGCAAAUGCCAAACAUGAGCGAAUUGAAAUAUUAGCAGUGCCUAAUGCUGAACCAAAUUUACGGUCUGAUCAUAAGGAUGAAUCUUCGACGGAACUUACGGAUUCCACAAAAAAUGUUGAUGAAAUCAUGGAUAUUCAGACUACAGACACUGUGACCACUGUGGACACUUCUAAAGAUUUAGCGAUGGAUUUAAAAGAUACUGUGAAUGGUACCACGGAUACCGUCGAUGGUUCCACAGAUGUCGUGGAUGGUAUUAUAAAUGCUCUUGAUGGUAUGAAUGAUAUUGUCGAUAGAAACUCCGAUAGUGCAAAAGACGGCACAACUAAUCUUGUUGAUGGGAAUAAGGCGGAAAAAGAGCCUGUCGAGUUAAAAGAAAAAGAGAAUGCACCUGACAUCAUAAAUGAACUUGAGGAACCAGCUCCUCGAUCUUUGCCAAACGCCUCGCCCAAACCCGUGACUGUGAGUGUGAUAAAGUCAAAGGAUCAUCUCGAAGAAACUUUAUCUAGCGGUGCCGAAUCUACCUCCACUGUUGAUAAUAUUUCCACACCGCAAUCGUCAAAUCUAUCUUCUGCACUACUACCUCCGAAUACUACGCCUUUGAUAACACCAGCGCAAAAGAAGGCGUCAAAUACUCAUUUUGUCGAGGUUGAAAACAAACUGGAAGAAAUGUUUGCUGGUAUAGUGGAAGACGUAGAGCCAACAAGUUCGCCUGUCUCCUUACAUACGACAAAAAAUGACUCUACCUUAGGACUUACAGACGACAGCUUUGUUAAACUGGAAGAUUCGGAUAAUUCUUCGUCAAAAUUAGAUGCGAAAAAUCUGAAAUUAGAAGACGGAUGCAGUGCUGCCGAAAAAAAUGCCCCUAAAGAGGAGCCGCCUCCUGUGGACGUAAAGGCCGAGGAAGAGGAAGAAAAAGCCAAAAAGCAUCAACCGGUUGAUAAAAAAUCAAAUUCGACUGGAAAAAAAGUUGGAAAGAAAGCCAACUUUGGAGUUCCUGUCAAGAGGGAUAGCGAUCAGGAAAUGGAAGUACCCAACAAGAAAAAAAAACUCUCCAAAGGCAAACAAGUUGCAACCAGUAUCAAUACAACUCCAAAGAAAACCUUGAAAUUACCAGUUGACGUACCAUUAAAGUCCCCGAAGAAAACCACCUCAGUUACCCCAAGUAAAGGCACUGUUAAAGCCACUAUUUCCGAAUCUAUCAAGGAUGUAUAUGCGUAUGAUUCGAGCAGCAACGCCAGUUCGAGCAAGUCCAGGGGUCCCUUUGUACAAAUUAGAGGACCGCGAGAUUCUCCUGUUUCCGUCAACAUCGUAAAUACUCCUCUUGCAGUCGACGAUGAAACCAAACCAGUGAAAAACAAAAAGUUUCACGACGAUAGUGAAUAUAGGCAUAAGGUACGAUCUAAGGGCCUUCACUGCAGUACGUUAAGUAAUAAAUAUGACGCUGAACGGAAGGAUGCCAGUUGGAUAUGCGCUUUUUGUAAGCGAGGGCCUCAUGCUAGUGAACUUACGGGCCCAACUGUGAUAAGUGAUGUUCCAGCACCGGGAGACCUCUUUGGACCUUAUUUCAUUACCUCUCAGUGCCCAGAAUUUCAAAAGAGACUAGAUGAUCCGUUUGACAGGCAGUUCAAAAGCCGAAAGAUAAGCAAAGCCUUAGACGCGGCCGCCCUUAACUCUGCCAAAUCCCUAAAGAAAACCAAACGGAAAUCGGAAUCGUCGUCGGAUCCCGUGGACGCACAACUGGGCAUCACCCCGACGGACCAAAAGACGUACGAAAUCUGGACGCACGAAGACUGUCUCGUGUGGAGUCCCGGGGUGUAUCUCGUCGGGCCAAAAAUUCUCGGUCUAGAGGAGGCGGUGUGGACCUGUUCGACGAUGUCUUGUAAAUUAUGUGGCCUUAAGGGGGCGAACGUGAACUGCGGCAAACGGGGCUGUUUGGAGACGGCACAUUUAGGCUGCUCGCGGAGAGACCACUGGGCCCUGGACGAAGGUACUUUUAAGGCCUAUUGUCCGGACCAUGCGCGUUGAGCUUUUGCGCUCUCUCUUAAUAUUUACGUGGGUGAGGUUUCGAAGGCUGAUUAAAAUAUAACUUAUAGUUUAAUAAGAAGUUUGUUAUUAAAAAGAAACAUAUUCUUACUUUAGUUAUUCAGGACCGGUCGUUAUUUUUAUACUUUCAUUAACUAAACUGAGGCAAGCGAUUUUUUUUAAAUAUUGCAUCAUAGUUUUCAUUUAUGACAAUGCUUUACUAGAUCCAGUCCAGGAUAUUACGAAAUUGAGCAUGACUAUUAGAAUCUUAGGCUGAACACAUAGUGAAGAGAACAAACUGGCAAUUGAAUGUCGGUUUGGUAAAAGAGUGGCCAACACAUAGUGACGCGUUCAUCGUCUGUAUCCGGAAAAAGUGCUAACAUGGAUUUGUCUCUAGUCGAAAGUACUUCACUUAAAAUUUGAUAUUUAAUACAAAAUGAAAAAGAAAAAAAAGAAGAUUUAAUGCUCACAAAAUAAAUAAAAGUAGACAUAUACAGUUGUGGGCAAAAAAAUAAGAGUGCAUAUCAAAUUUCAAAUCAAACUGACUUCGCUAUAUGUUGGAAUUUGCGAAUAAAAUACUACGCAUUUUCUUAGCAUUAUUUGGAAUAUUCUAAUUCAUAUUUUCGCAUGAAAAUUUCAACAUUUGAUUAUAUUUCGGAAAAAAAAAUUCAGCAUCUCUUGAUAAAAAAAAACUGGACAAACUGUAAUUGCAACCCAAUUAAUCCAACUGCCGUAAGUUUAAGGUAAGAAACUUAAAAAGAAAACCGAAAAAAAGUAACUCAUAUAUUUUAAAAAAGUAAAGUAUAAACAUAGAUUAGAAUUUAAAAUUGGUUAUAUCAGAGGAACUUGACGUAGGAUUAGAGAAGUCUUGUUCAACACUCUGCGGGGAUGCGAGUUGCAUAUAUACAUGAGGUAAAUUUUUCUUUUGAUUUGAAGAGUACAGGGAAAAACCAGAUAUGUCAUUUCUUUUAACAUUAGAGUAAAUUGAAUUUUAAUGUUCAAAACCAAUUAUUUUUAUUUCCAAAACGAAUAUAAACAUGUAGUUUACAUAAAACGGAAGUUAAUAUUAUUAUAAAGUAUUAUGACUAUAAUUUUUUGGUUUAGAAAAACUAAAUACGGCUUUAUUGCAAAAAAUCUGCAUCACUCAGGAUUUUGCAGGAACAAAAGCAACAAUGUCACCUGAAACCGACAAAAACCAGCUGCUUUUAUUUUUGAAAUAAAAAAGAUUUAAUUUUUUGGAAUUUUUAAUGUUUAUUUAUCAACAUAUUAUUAUAAAGUAAGUUAGAGAUGAGCCAGGUUUUGCAAAAAUGUCACGGCUUUUGGACUGCAAAACCUCAUGAGGCUCAUUAGGUUGUUAAACUUAGCCUUUGGAAUUGGUAAUGAACAUGUAAAAAAAUUACGAAAACUAAUACAUCUCAUAUUUAUUUAAAACUUUCUUAUAACUUACCAUCGUAUACCGGAACGGGCAGCGAACUGGUUCAUUGUAUGUUGAACGGUUGUAGAUAAAGGGGCUAUGAUCAGAUGACGCCACUAUUUCCUUCAAAAUCUGGAUUUUAAAUGGGCAUUUUUGUAAAUAUAUUGUGUCUAAAAAUGAUUUCCAAUCCAGUAUCAUAUUUUGUGACACACUCACUACAACAAACGGCGAUGGUUUGGAGCGGGAAUGCCUAAUGACUUCUUCGAACUCUUCCGGGACCUCAAAGGGGCUCUUCAAAUAACACAAUCCUACAUUUUUGUCUCUCCUCUAAUAGGGAAUGUGAUUUUUAUUUCAUUCAGAUUAUGAAUUUUGUUGUUUACUACAAAAUGAAUAAAUCGAAAAAUGGUAAAGUUUUUAUUUUGUCCUCCGGCAGAGUCAUAAAAGAUUUGUAGUUCUCCAACAUCGUCGUCUAAAUAAUUAUUGAUAAAAUGGAGAAGAAAAGAUGCAACUUCGUUUGAUCCUUUUUUAGCCUCUCCUUCAUGACAGGUAUAAAAAAUAGAUUGACCCGAAGAGAGGACAUGUACAUUAAAGGCGUACAUAGACAAUUGGCGUUUAUACUACACGUCGUUAGUGGCAAUUUUAGGAAUUGAAAUAUGUUUUGCAAAAUCAAUGCAGAUGGCUUCCUUUUUGUUGCUUUUUUUGCAGCUUUUUUGGCUUCCCUUUUCCUUGAAUAAAACGCCUCAGCCUUUCUUUUAUGCAACUCGUUCAUAACGGUAAAUUCUCUAAUUUCAUCAGUAUCAGUCAAACUUUUAAGCUUAAUUUGAAAUUCAUCACACGUUGCGCAUAUGUCACUUCUAGGGUAUCCAAAAGCAAUAUUAAAUUCUUUAUUAAAGAUUGUUCUGUACGUUUCAUACGAGACCUUAGCAUUUAGAUGCUUUUCCUUAAAGAGGUUAAACAUCUUUUUGAUUGUAAGUUCUUCUGGUAAAUAGGUCUUUUUUGUAUCUUUUAGACUAUAGUGGCUCUGACGACCCUUAAAACUUUUGAUGUGGUCACAUACCAAACCUUUUGUUAAGUCGUCCAGCUUCCUAUGAGUUGCACUAUGCUUUCCGCGUCUGUCCUUAAGAGCUGCACCACUUCGUUUGAGGCUUUCCUUUAUAUAAUUUAUUUUAUUUUUUGUAAUGCCAUGAAUGGAACAAAAAGCUUUGGCACACACCGGAAUAUCACCAUCGCGAACUCGAACUCGAUAUGCAUAACUUGCAUCAUGGAAACUGGCAGUCUUUUCGUUUUGACGAGGUCUUCUAUGCUGGACGACUGUAAGACUGUAAUUAAACCAGCUAAAUAAUAAUUUUGCUCAUCGUGAGAGCUCAGAGCAUUAAAAUGUCUCAAUAUUUCUGCUCUUUGCGCCUCAUUAAGUACCUCAAAGCACUUUAAUCUUGAGCAAUUACAAGGCUGUCCAGCUUCAUGAGUGGAUAACUUCAACAUUUUAGAGACCUCUGACAUCCGACCGGUUCUCUUUCUUUUUUUUGAAGGCAUAAUUUUGUUCUCAACGGAUCCCUCCGAAUCACUAUUAGCCAUAAUGGUUUAUUAUUAAUCACACGGACAAACAAGAAGUCACACUUUUGCGGUUACAAAAAUACUGGCACGUUUUUUAAAAUCGAAUAUUGCAUCAGCCGGUUUGUUUACAUGACAUCGCUGGUUUUUUCCCUGGACGUUUGGACUAAGCUGGUUUUUAUUCGGUACGCUAUAUUUUAGAUACUAAUUUACUACAAGACUACGGUGGUUGUUUCCCGGUUUUAGUACUCUAAAAUAAGCGUCUUCAUUCGAAGAAUUCAAUGGCGCCUCUACCGAGAUUUUCAAUAAAAAAUGACAUAGAGUGCUUCAAGAGUGCGCACUUAAGGUUUAAUCAGGUAAAAAAUCCAAACGAAUUGCGUUGAAAAUACAUAUUUUUUUAUUUAUGACUGUUGAUACUUAAACAAUAAGGUAUAAUUCGCAAACUAAACAUCAGUACUUCAACAGAAAAAAUUAAACUUAAAAAAAAGUGAUUUUGCGCACUCUUAUAAACCCGCUUUUUAAGAGUACGCAUUUAGUAUUGUAAGAGUACGCACGCAAUUUUAUGAACAAAGGUCACAUGUAUAAGAUCCAGAACCCUCGUAGGCAUUGCAUUUUUCAUGCCACCAUUCAGCACACAAUAUGCACUCAAUCCAGUCUUCUGUAGGUUCUUUAAAUGUUUCGUUGCACCCUGGACAGCUCCACAUUUUCUUAUGAGGCGGUGAUUUUGGCUUCUUCAAAACAGCUUUUCCAUUUUUCGGUGUCUUUGCCUGUCUGAGGUUCACAGCGCAUGUUCUUUUUAAACUCUCUUCCGAAAGCUCUUGUGGUGGUGGUAGGUUAUCGCCCAUAUCUAGUUUGACUAUGGGUUUCGGUUUUUUUUUCUCUUUUUCUUCAACUAGUUGGUCCUUAUAUGGGGAACUAGUGAUAAUUUCCGAUUUGUUGCCUCUGCGACUUGUUGACCUGAACGUAAUUGAUUUGGGUAAUGGAGAAAUUGUUGUUAAUUUAAUAUAAGUUGAUGAUGUUUCAGGAUUGUUCGAUAAAUCAAAUAUUUUGGUUUCUGGCGCUACAGCAACUGUUUGUUCCAAAGUUGAAAUGAUUGCAGAUGUGUUGGAAACCAGCUCUGUAGGCUGAGGUGAAUUUUUCUUAGUAGUGGAACUCUAAAGAACAACAGUUGGACUGUCAAGAACUUUGGAAGCAUUUUCAGAGGCUAAUUCAGAGAUUUGAUGAGGUUGAAUAUUGAUUUUAGAUGUUGAGUUAUCAGCGACUUCUAACUGAAUGUUUGGCGCUUCUACUUGCGUAGCUACUGUUGCUGUAGCAGAAUUUUCUCGUUCUGUGACUAAAGUGGCCAUGAAGUCAGCUUCGGUAAAUAUAUCAUCAUUAAAGGGACAUAUCCCUAUCACUUUAAAACCUUCAAUCGCAUUCGUUAAAGUAGCAGCUUUAAAAUAUGCAGGUGCAAAUAUUGAAGAAAUUUGGUAGACCGUAAUUACCCGCCCUGGAUGGUUCGUCAACCAUUUUUCACACUCGUUGGAAUAAAACUUUUUUAACGGGCUAAAAAAACAUCGGUCAAGUGGCUGCAUACGGUGGCUACUAUGAGGAGGAAGUGUUAAUGCGAUAAUGUUAUAUUGUCGAAAAAAAUCAACUGCUGCAAUAGAACAAUGGAAAGGGUGGUUAUCCAUUAUCAUUAAUACUGGUUGUUCCUUUGUUGGCUUAGCAUGAUCUUGAAAAUGUGUGGCAUAAUCAACAAACAAAUCCUGAUUGAUGAAACUACUAUCAGAUACCAUUCCAAUUGAAGAUGGCGGAGCUCCGUCCAAAAGUUCUGCCGUCAUUCUUUUACGUGGAUAUAUAAAUGCGGGAGGAAUAAAUUGUCCACUAGCACUCAUUGCACAUACAACAGUAACAUUGGUUCCCCGUUCUGCGCUUGAUAUUUUAUUGACACACCUUUUUCCUUUUGUAGAGAAAACUUUAGGGGGCUUGUUUGGGACAGUUGAAAAUCCCGAUUCGUCCAUAUUGUAAAUUGCAUGUGGCGGAAAUUUAUAUUUGUUCAUUAACUCCGCGAGAUUUUUUUAUAAAACCGCUCACACUGUGGUUUAUUAAACCCAACAGCUCUGGCGACGCUUGUAGCGGUGGGUUGCCUUAAUGUAACAUCUUUGUGCCGUUUUAAAAAUCCACGCAGCCAGCCCUUGCCUGCCAUUUUUGAAGUUAUAUUAAAACGAUGUUUUAAUUUGUUUUUUUCAGCGAACUCAAAUGCUAGACUUCUUAGAGCUCCAGAAGUUAACCCGUAAAACAUGUUGUCUAUUGUUUUAAUAUAAUUACACAACUCUUCCAUCUCUGCUGUUAAGGUAAUGUCGAAUCUUCCCAGUUUUGUAGCUACAGUUGUCCUUUUUAGCCUUUUUCUUAACGUGCUUUCCGCCAUUCCUAAGGAUUUUGCCACGCUUCUUUUACUUUCUCCAUUUUCAAUCCUCUGUCUUGCUGCCUCCAUAACCGCCGGUGAGCAUAAAGCACGUUGAGAACUUCGUUUUCUGCCAGACAUGCUGAAACACAAGAACAAAUACGUUUAAUCCGUUAGAACAAAAAACCUGGUUUGUAAGAGUGCGCGCGUACUCUUACAAUAUUAUUGAUUGCACACUCUUACAAAACGAGCAUGUUUUAAAAAGCGCCAGUGCUGCCUCCAUCUUGGUUCAAAAUUGUAAACAACGGUAUGAUUUAUACGAUUCUUCAAGAUUUAUUGUAAGCAUGACAAAAUAUGACCGCGAAAUUCUUGAAAACUACAGCUGUGUACAAUAUCCAAAAUGUCAAAAUAUAAUAACAAAACAGAUAAAAUUCCUUAAACUUACCUAAUAACGUUAUUAUCGCUGUUUGUUUGCUUAAAAUACACAAGAAACAUGCAGACACUCCUCUUAAUCAGUACGAACUAACACCUUGUUGUUGUCGACGACGUGCUCCAAAAAUCGACGAGUGCGUACUCUUAUUGGCCGCGCACUCUUAGAGCACUCUACCCUACCCUUCAUUUGUUCUUGAGGUUGCACACUGAUUUGAUCCCGAAGUUUGCUGCUGAUCAUAAACAAAGUUGUGAACAAGUUUUUGCAUUUCUGUUCUUAAUAACAUUUUGUUUUGUGGUCUAAGCGGACAUAUAAUUUGGUAAAAGAUUUCAAAAAAAAAAAAACUUUCAUAUUCAUCCAGCGAUUUAUUCUGGUGUUCUUGCAUAUACUUUUAAAAAUAUAUUUUUUGUCUUUCUCUUUAACACAAGAGUCCUUAUGGAAAUAUCCAUUAGUAUAACAUUUUUGAAUAAGUGCGAAUCAUCGUUGGUUUAGGAACAUAAGGGGCUCUUAAAAUCUGCAAUAAAAAAUCCAGGGUCGUAUGAAAAAAACAAACUUAAUGAUGACAGCUCAAAUACGAAACAUCGGUUUAAAAAUCUGACUACACCAUUUUGUAAAAUAGAGAAAUUAGCAAUGAGAAUGAGUAAUUUAUUUUGUUAUAUCUAUUCAAAUAGAGUCGUAAAAAAAUAAAAAUGAAAUCGAGAAUAUUCGGUUUUUCCAAAUAUCUUCGGAAGUAUUUGGAAUUUUUUAAAUUUGAAAAGGGCGUUUUAAUGAGCACCAAAUUACGCAACUUUGCCUCAAUUUAACCGACCUCGUAUCUCUGCUAGUUAUCUUUUAUUAUAAUUUCUUCUCAGGAUCCUCAGAAUGAUCUAGUUCGUGUGGGUUUUCUAAUUCAAAAGUAUUUUUGGAAAAAUGAAAAUGUACGUCAGCUCUUGGCAUAAGAAAUGUCAUUUUUCUAAAAUGUUUCUCCUUUAAUGAAAACCAUUUUGCAGUCAAAAAGUGAAUAAUCUCCUAUUUUUAACUGUGGAAUAAUUUUUUAUAAUAUUGAUGUAGGUUUCUAUUUCAAUAAUAAGAAAUUAAAAAAAAAAAAAAACUACUAAACGUACUCGCUCGAUCUCUUGAUGAAAACUAAAACGUUUAAGUGCGUUAAAAACGGCAGCAACUCUCUGCCCAUUCUAAACCACUCUAAACAAUUUUACUGUCCCUCGUGUAAGACUGGUCUUUAAAUGUCCUCUUACUACAGUAAAAUUUAGGUCUUGGUCUGGUAUUUUCGGCAUCGGUAUUUUUUUUUGACACUUACAUUAGUCCGACAACAAUAUCUUUAGCGAAACCUUUUGAAAUACCUUUUAAGUAAAGUUUUUUAAAUUAGUCGUUUUUCCAUCUCAACCACUGUAGAAGUUAUAUUUCGAAACGUGCAGCCUCAGAAACCAAAAACCACAUCCCAACUUUAAUUCUUGAAAACAAAAAGAACGUUUAUAUAUUGUGAUUUUAAAUUAUUUAAGCUAUUUUUACGGUUCUAUAUUUUGUACAAUUUUGAUUUUAUUCUAAUAAAUAGAACUUAUUCAAGUUUUACCUAAUUUGAAAUAAUAAUACUACAUAUUGUGAAAAAAUUGUUAACAUAGACAAACACUUUUUCUCUUAAUUCCCUUUAUUUUUAUUAAUUUGAUCGGUAUUGUAAAUAUUUUAAAUAUAGAUUUGACUCUUAUACAUACAAGACUAGAUUUACGUUGUUUUAGUUGUAAAAUUGUACAAAUAAAUGUAUUGUAUUUAU